GGAUGUCACCAGCAGAAGCUGACCUCAUGUUGCUGGACAUUGCCAGGAAGGUGGAACUGUACGGAAUACGCAUGCACACUGCCAAGGACCACGAGAGCGUGGGGCUCAACGUUGCCGUCGCGCACUACGGCAUCAUCGUCUUUCAGAACCUGACGAAGAUCAACACGUUCUCCUGGGCGAAGAUCCGUAAGAUCAGCUUCAAACGCAAGCGCUUCCUCAUCAAGCUGCAUCCGGAAAGCCAGCUCUACUACAAGGACACAGUCGACUUCUACUUUGAUGACCGCACUCGCUGCAAGAUCUUCUGGAAGAAGUGUGUCGAGCAUCACGCGUUCUUCCGCUGCGCGACGAUGGACAAGGUCGAGCGAAGAAAGAAGCACUUCCUCAGCAAGGGUUCCUCCUUCAGGUACAGCGGGAGAACGUUGAAGGAGAUGGUGGAUCACGUGAGGCAGGCCUACGUGAAGCGGCAGACGCUCAAGCGGUUC